AUUAUUGAUACGCUCAGUCUCCACUCUGCCUCGCAGGACACGCGUCCUGGCUGGAUAUAAAGUGUAAUAAAAAACAAGAAAAAAGUUUGUCUUUGCCGCGGCGCGAACUUUUUUCUUAAUUUUCUCCUUCCCGCGUUUUGUUUUAGUGACUGUCAGAUGUUUUUCCUAUUCUUGGAAUGUUCUUUUUCAAGAAAGUGUUGUUUUAACGUUAAAUGAAAUGUUUUAAAAAUAAGUGGUGAAGGGAAAUGUGAUUUUGUUUUUAGUGUGACGGAUAUUGUAUUUUACUUUUAAAGAUAAAUGCGCGUUCAGUCCCAAUAUGGUGGUCCGGCGGCUGCUCCCGCUCCCGCUGCUGGCGCUGCUGGUGUGGGGGGGCGCCGCCGCCAGCCUGCCCGGCGACCUCGCGCAUGUAGAUAAACUACCACCGCCAACCACGGUAUCUCUCUCCCCCACUACGUCCAGCGCCAGCGUGCCGUCCUACUCGCCCACGUACGCCACCGUCAUCCCGCCCGUGCCGCCCAGCGAUCGAGACAGGUUUCUGACGUUUGCGGAGUCGGGACAUCACAGAACGUUCAUGUUCGCGAAAGACAACACUUACAUACAGCUGGACGGAGAUAUCAUACAGAGGUUUCAGUUGAGACUGUGCCGCGAGAUAUCGUUCCGGUUCCGCACGCGGCUGCCGCACGGGCUGCUGGUCUACCACAACGUCAAGAAGAACCCCGUGUUCAAGAUGCAGCCCUACGCGCUCUAUGUCAUUGUGGAGAAGGGGGAGCUGAAAGUGGUCCACGUAUUCGGCAAGCACCUGACAUCGGUGACAGUCGGGAGGGCUCUCAACAGAGACCAGUGGCACAGCGUGGUCGUGACCAUAGACGUGCACGGCGCCAGGCUCAUAGCUAAGGUGGAUAAUAUGAAGGAAGAGGUUUAUUUGAAGGGCUUAAGUUUUGAUACAAACUACGGUAUCACUGACAACUUAACUUCAGUCAUUCUAAUCGGAGGCUUGAGCUCCGAAGAAAAACUCCACGGUGUCAAAUACAUAAUAGAAUCAUUCGUGGGUUGCAUUAGCGACAUGGUGCUAAGUUCUGGCAAGGCCGCUUCAGACCUCCUACCAAUAGUACCCCUAAUAGCUACAAAACAUGAAAAUGUUAAGGAAGGGUGUAUUGAUAAAUGCAGGACUAUGGAAAAUCUCUGCUUCGAAGGUUCGAGGUGUAUCAAUGAGUACAAUGGGUAUCGCUGCGACUGUUUUGGGACCUUGUAUGAAGAACAGCUGUGUGAUGUUUAUACGGCCACCAUCCUGACGCUGCGCGGCUCGAGCUACGUGUCGUACCGCGUGUACGACUGGAAGGACCGCGUGCACUCGCCCAACACCAGGCUCAGCAUGCACUUUAAGACUCGCUUCGAUGACUCAGCAUUGUUCUAUGCAAGCGGACAAAUUGAUGACAAACAUCACUACAUAGCUCUAUCAAUACAUAAUGAAAGUAUAGCAAUACAAAUAGAUCUAGGCGACGGACCUAUAGAAGACUACAUAGGAGAAAAGGUCAAUAAUAACAAAUGGCACAAUCUUACAGUGAUAUUGAAUGAAAAAACAGUAAUCGUGCAUUUAGAUCACAAAACUGAAGUCUACGAAAUCCCAGGAGAUGCGAAAUUCCUGUGCAUAGAUCCAGAAAUUUAUAUCUGUGGUGGACCAGAUUUACACAAAAUGAAGGGCUUGAAAUCUUUCAAUAAUUUUGCUGGAAACCUAAAAUAUGUUUACUACAACGAUGUUUCAAUACUCUAUGAGCUUAAACAGAAUAAUCCUAAAGUGCAUUACAUAGGCGUUCUGGAUCCAGAGUUUGAAGACAUUGAUAUAGAGGUGAUACCAAUAACGUAUCCAUUUGCGACUUCUCAUAUUUGGUGGCCAUUGAAUCAGAGUCAUAGCAUCAAUCUGAUAUUUGACUUUAAAACAUCGAAGAAUAUGGCUGUAUUAGCCUACAGUCAAAUCACUUCUGGACAAGGAUAUUGGGAGGUGCGUAUGGUAAAAGAAGAAAUCAGAUUCGAGCUAGUUCCAGAUGUAGGCAAAAACGUCACAGUCCUGAAGUCUGUAAAGUUCAAUGUCAGCAACAACUGGCACACAGUGGAACUCGAUUACAGGAAAGGAAGAAUUAAACUGACCGUUGAUCAUCAUAACAAACACGCGCAGAUGUUUGGUUUAGAUUUUGAACUGCAAGACAAGAUCGUGAUCGGCAGUGGCCUGAAGUCAGCCAACCUGGGCCUUAUUGGCUGUAUGAGGAACAUCAAGAUCAAUGGCCUACUGAUAGAGCCGAGAUUCGUAAUCAACACGGAGCGUGUAGUCGGCGAGGUGGCUAUAGACGACUGUCGCUACGUGGACCCGUGCACGCGACCCAACACUUGCGAGCACGGCGGCGUGUGCUCCAUCCGCGAGGACAGAGUCAUCUGCAACUGUGAUAAUACUGGUUACAUAGGAGAAAACUGCCACUUCGCCACCUUCCGUAAAACGUGCGAAGAGCUAGCCCUGCUUGGGUACACUAGGAACGAUGUAUACCUGAUAGAUAUUGAUGGCAACGGCAAGUUUCCACCAGCACAUGUCAAGUGCGAGUUUCAGAUAGAGGCCGACUCAUCUACCACUGUUGUGGAGCACAAUCUGCCGAGUCAAGUGGACGUACGCUCAGCCUCAGGCCAAGACUUCAGCUUCAAGAUAAAGUACCGCGAGUUCACGGCAGAGAUGCUGCAAGAGCUGAUCUCCCACUCUCUCUACUGCCGACAGUACAUCAAGUAUGACUGUAACAUGGCGCCGCUAGAACUGCACAGUGCUACCUGGUUUAUAUCUUCGAGUAACGAUGCUGUUGACUUCUUGGGGAAUGUUAAGAGAGGCUACUGCCCAUGCGGCAUCAACGCGUCAUGCGUGAACCCGACCCAGUCUUGCAACUGUGAUGCCAAAGACAACAAGUGGCUGUCAGACGAGGGUGUCCUGUCUACACCGACCAGCCUCGGCAUUACGGACAUGUUCUUCCUGCAACAGAAGGAUCUUCCUGAGGAGGCUCAGGGACGGAUCACGUUGGGACCUCUGGAGUGUGUGGAGACUAACACCCAACGCUACGUAGUAACCUUCACCACAUCCCAGUCCUACAUCGAGGUGCCGGGGUGGCGGAAGGGAGACAUCGCGUUCAGCUUCAGAACCACCGGCACCAGCGCGAUCCUGCUGUUCCAGCCGCCGAUCAGGCCCAACUACCCGUCGUUCAUGGUCACUCUUACUAGUGAACACGAGCUAACCUUCAACUUCACGCUCAACACCGGAACAACCCGCAAGCUGGUCAUCAACUCCAAACGGAAGCUCAACGGCGGCGAGUGGCACAAGAUCUGGAUCGACUACAACUUCUAUCACGUCCGGUUUAUGCUCAACACGGAGUAUCAGAUGCUGAAUCUGCUGUUGGAAGAGGAGUUUGGGCCGUUCGAAGGUUCCAUGUUUAUUGGCGGUGCUACUGCCGAACACCUAAAAAAAUCAGCAGUAAACCAAGGCCUAAUCGGCUGCUUCCGAGGCCUCGUAGUAAACGGGGAGAUCCUCGACAUCUACAGCUACAUGUCGGUCCACCUGUCCGAGAUCAUCAAGGACUGCAAGCCCUCGUGUGUGCCCAACCCCUGCCAGAAUAAAGCCAUUUGUAAGGAAUUGUGGUCGAGUUACGAAUGCAUUUGUAAAAAUCCUUGGGCGCAUUUGGGCAAUCAUUGUCAAGAGAAUAUCAACGAAAAAGCUCUAACAUUCCAAACAAGAGAGUCGUACUUAAAGAAGAACUACCUAGUAGACAACACAACAGACGCAGAGAAAAACACAUUAAAACGAAUGAUGACAGAAAAUGUCCUGAUGAACCUACGAACUUACGACGAUAAUGCAUUAGUCCUAUAUGCUAACGACAAUCUAAACAAUUUCAUACAUCUGUUCAUACACAAUGGCACACAAAUCAUAUACCUUUUCAACAACGAAGAUGAAAUAGUUCAAAUGAAUGUAACUUACGAGAGAAUCAAUAAAGGUGAAAGUGUGCAGAUAGCAAUAAUACGAACAGAAAACUCGACGACUUUACAUGUUAAUGACAAGAAUUCCACCAUUGAUCAAGUUGCUACGCUUCUUACCAACUACACGAAUAAACCGUGGGUGAACUCGGAAUUAGAGGUGAUCCGCCCUCAACGCCCGCCCGCGCCGCCCACGGACUACUUCCAGAUGAACCUGGGCGGCUUCGACCCCUACUCUCUGCACCUGGCACAGAGAGCCGCCAGCCUGCCGCAGGGCGGGUACGUGGGCUGUGUGAGAGGGUUCAAGAUAGCAGAGCAUGUCGUGGACUUACCGAACAUGGUGGAUGGGAGUGAGGGCGAAGAAUUGGCCGGUGUAUUACCCGAGUGCGACAUGAAAUGCGACUCAGAGCCGUGCAAGAAUGGAGGGAUAUGCACUGAAGACUUUACCAACCAGGAGAGCAGCUGUGACUGUGAACUCACCAGCUACUUCGGAGAGUACUGUAUGGAGGAGAAAGGAGCUGACUUCAAUGGGGAGAGUAUACUGCAGAGGAAGUUUGUUCAACAAGGGCCUAUUGAAAAAGUCAAAAUAAAGCUAGCAUUUUCAAGCAAUGAUUUGCGGCAGAAGAAUACAGUUUUGCUUCUUGUUCAAACGGAGAAUAAACGAAGCUACUAUCUCCUGAUAGCAAUCACACAAGAUGGAUAUCUGAAAUUCGAGGAAGAUCGAGAAGAUUCAACUUACGGAGCUGAGGUUAAAAACAGAAACUUCUUGAAUGGCGCCCGCCACACGGUCUACUACACUCGCUCGGCCGACGCCGCCCUGCUAGUCAUAGACAGGACGGCGGUGGCGCUAGACGCGCUGGGGGCGCGGGGGCCGCGCGACGCGCCGGGGCCGGGGGCUGAUGAAGUGCAACUUGGAGGGCUUAACACUACGGACCCGAGGCUGAAGAUCUACAAGGGGUAUAGCGGAUGUUUGUCCAAUAUUUAUGUGGAGAUCAAUAACUAUACGAUGAAGCCUCUGGAAGAGUACAUGCUGUUCACGCGCAGUGACUCAGAAAAGGUGAACGUGGUGAACGCGCAGGGCGUGCGCAGCGCGCAGUGCUCCGCCGACUUCGACGAGGCGUGGCCCGAGCACGACCAGCUCGCUGCUGCUCAUAAUGGCAGCUUCCUCAUCAGUGUAGACAAGACGUGGGUAGAGGACCCGCCGUCGCGCGUGCCGUACGAGUCGUCGUACCAGGAGCCGGACGCCGAGGAGGAGAACACGGACCGGUUCUUCAUAGCGCUCAUAGUGGUGUACAUACUGGGCCUGUGCUACUGCGCGUCGCAUAUGUGGCGCACGCAGAAAGCGUACAAACUGCGCCUAGAGAAGGAAACCGACGAGAACAUCAUGAGGAACAAGGAGAAGGCCACCAAGCUGCAAGAGCCCGCCGUCUCCUAUUUACAAUUAAACAAAGAAGAAGGGGAGUCUAAGGAAGGGGAGAAGAAGCCCAACGGCGUGACGAUAGAGAUACCGACUGUGGUGGUGGACGCGCCGGAGGACAAGCCCCCGAGCCGGCGCGGCUCGCUGCGAUUUAGAGAUCUAGUAGAAAAGGAACGUUCUUGGGAGCCACUCGAGGAAAAAGACGAAUCUCAAGACACCGACGUUAGUGAACAUGACACUGCCGAAAUAAAAUCAGAAUCACAGGAUUAUGACGAUGAUGAUGAAGACAGUGACAGGGCGAGAGCUGGCGACAGUCUGGGGGCUGCCAGUGAUGAAGGCGAGGAUUUGGAGACCGAAGAUGAUGUAGAUAAGAGUAAAGACAGCAAUCCCACUGGAAAUGCGAAAGCCCAGCACAAUUCGACUAUCGGCCCGCCCCCCGCUGCGCUGCGAACUCAGCUGCCAUUCAAAAUAGAUGAGGGCGGCUCCAACGAAAUGUUAACGUCGAAUGCAUGAUAUUAUUAUAGAAAUAUAGAUUUUAUUAAAUUUUAAAAGCCUACUUAAUAAAUAGGUUAUUUCAAUGA